GUCGUCGACUGGAGGAGGUGGAAGGAGCGCAGAAAGGCAAAUCGCAACAGCGAACAGAUGUGAACCGGACUACGACCAGAGUACAAGCUGUCGUCUGGACGGAAACCCUGUCAUACUACUAAUAUGUGGCAACCAGCGUCGGAGAGACUGCAGCACUUUCAGAGCAUGCUGAAGACCAAGUUGAAUGUGCUGACGCUGAGAAAGGAGCCGUUGCCCACGGUGAUCUUCCAUGAGCCCGAGGCCAUUGAACUUUGCUCCACCACACCACUUACCAAGAACAAAACCCAUGCCGGAUAUAAGGUGACCUACCUGGGGAAGGUGACCAUUUCUGGAACCAACUUCUUGUCUGGCUGCACAGAGUCAGCGGUGGUGGGUCUGGUGGAGCAUCGCGCUCUCGCUCAGCAGCAGGGCACGUGCCCCGCUGGCAGCUCUCUACUGGAGAUACGGCCCUUCCAGGUACGUCUCCACCACCUGGAUGGGCACGGCGAGGCCUCAGUAACCAUGGACACCUACCAGGUGGCGCGGAUCGCAUAUUGCACAGCCGAUCACAGCGUCCAGCCCAACGUAUUUGCCUGGAUCUACCGGGAGAUCAACGACGACCUCACCUUCCAGAUGGACUGCCACGCCGUGGAGUGUGAAAGCAAGCUGGAAGCCAAGAAGCUCGCGCACUCCAUGAUGGAGGCUUUCCGCAAGACUUUCAAUAGCAUGCGCUGCGAUGGGCGCAUCCACAAGAGUGGCUCUUCAGAUGAGUUUGCUGAGGAUUCUUCCACUCCAGAAGAUUCAACCCCAGACGAUGGUUGAAGUGACGCUGACCCAAACGCCCGAUCCCCAUUCUGACAAAACAAGGGGUGAAGGGAAGGAUGGACAGAUUACCUGCUCUCUCUCAUUCUCCCUUUUACUUUCACGCUGACCAUUAGCAGACGCAAAGAAUCAACUCAACUGAUCUGAUCGUAUUUUAAGUCCAAUAAGAUUUUUAGUCCAAUUUAAAAAAAAAAAA